UUUGAUUCAUCAACAAGUUCUUCUGAAUUUCCUUCCGAUUAUGAGAUCAAAGACGAACGAACAGAAUCAGAAGCCAGCGAGUCAAAUCAUAGUGAUUCGGAAACCUCGGAGUGUUUUGAUGAAGGACAUCAUACUGAAGAGCCUAUAGCAGAUCAACAAUGGUUGAACGAGUACGAAGAAAGUGAAGCACAGCAUGCCAAACUCGAAAAAAUGCUUACAGAUCGUUUAACUGGCAAGAUACAUGUGGAUGAAUGGUGCAAUUACGGGAAAUGUUCUACAGCUCUAUUAGUAAACAUCAGUGAGUGUUAUUGCUGUCAAGAAUUGGAAGGGUGUAAUGAAGCUAUGCAUUCUGAUGAAGUUAUUCAAGAUUUGGAUAAGAAUAAUAUUCCUAAGUGUGUUACGGAACAUCCAGGCUUCUCAGCAGUUUGCCUCCAAAAAUGGAGCCUUCGACUUGCAGCUGACAAAUAUAAAACUCGAGAUCGCCAAAAAUAUAAACAGACUGAAUCAGAGGAAAGCGUCCUGCGUAGCAUAGCCUACAGAGAAUUUACAAGACUUAUACAUGGAUAUCUCGGAUAUAAGAAACGCAUUCCACUUCCUGCAUGUGCCUACACAUGUAUAAGAAAAACCUUUAAGAUGCCAUCAAAAGAUCAUACAUAUACUGGGUUUGAAAUGGACCUUGAAUCACUGGUUUAAAAACUUGUAAGAUUACUAAAUUAAAAUGUAUACCUCUUUUCAGAGAAAACAUUGAGAUUCAUUUCAAUUUAUUUUUGCACAAAGCAACAGGUUGAGUCUCGAUGGUUUCUUUUAUGAAAAUCAAAAG